GUGUAUGCGUGAAUGAAAACCAGGAGGAGAGAGAAAAAGCACCCAUAUCAAAUCCCUAAUUUUUGUUCCUUCUCCAUUUUCUUCAUUCACUCUUCUCUUAAAAUACAACAACUCAGCUAGGGUUUCGAUCCUCCAUUUUUCUCAGCAAUGGCGAUGUCAGCUUUGAGGCGCGAGAGUAAACGUUUUACCUCCAUCGUUUCACCCAAUCCCAUCAAUGUUCUUCGCUCCUCUCUCCUCUCUUCUGAGGAGCAGACAUCUUUGGGAGUUCGAUGCAUUUCAACUCAAAUUGUUAGAAACCGUAUGAAGAGUAUUAAGAACAUCCAGAAAAUCACAAAGGCUAUGAAGAUGGUUGCUGCCUCAAAGCUAAGACAAGUCCAAACAAAAACUGAAAACUCCCGUGGCUUAUGGCAGCCUUUCACAGCACUUCUUGGUGACACUCCAAGUGUUUCUGUGAAGAAAAAUGUUAUCGUUACAAUCUCUUCUGACAAAGGUCUUUGUGGUGGUAUCAAUACCACUUCAGUCAAAGUGAGCAGAGCUCUUCGCAAGCUGAAUGAUGAUCCUGAAGCAGAAACAAAAUUUGUUAUUUUGGGAGAGAAGGCCAAAGUGCAGCUAAUUCGUGAUUCAAGGAAGGACAUCAGCCUCUGCUUGACUGAUCUGCAAAAGAAUCCUCUGAAUUAUACUCAGGUGGCUGCAGUUGCAGAUGAUAUCUUGAAGAAUGUGCAGUUUGAUGCCUUGAAAAUUGUUUUUAACAAGUUCAGCUCUGUUGUGUCAUUUUUGCCAACAGUGGCAACUAUCCUGUCUCCCGAGAUUGUUGAGAGAGAGUCUGAGGCUGGUGGCACUCUUGGUGAACUUGAUUCUUAUGAAAUUGAAGGUGGAGAGACAAAGUCAGAGAUACUUCAGAAUCUUGCAGAAUUCCAAUUUUCUUGUGUGAUGUACAAUGCUGUCUUGGAGAAUGCCUGCAGUGAGCAAGGUGCUAGGAUGUCUGCCAUGGACAGCUCUAGCAGAAAUGCUGGAGAAGUGCUUGAUCGUCUCACCCUUACUUAUAACAGGACCCGUCAAGCAUCCAUCACAACUGAACUUAUUGAAAUUAUUUCUGGAGCGUCUGCUUUGGAGGGUUAGACGAGAAGAAAUUGUCUGUGCUUUACCUUGACGUUGACGAAAUAAGUUCUGUAGUGUAGACUUUGUUUCAGCCUUUUGCUGGCCCUUGGGAGAAUCCUGCAUAUCUAUAUAAUAAUAUCCCUGACAAAUUUUUUUGGGAACAUCAGAAAGCCUUUUCUUCAUCCCAAGGGGGUUUUAUUUUUAAUUUUUUUUUUUGGAUUUGAAAAAUUCAUACAUGGUGGUUGAGGUUCUGUGCAAAACAAUCGAUGUUCUUGUGUCGGCAAUACUGCUGAACUGCCGGCGUUGUAAUUUCCCUUUCAUCCUUGGACAAAUGUACUGUAUCAAACAUGUUUCUAUUGGUAUUUAAGGGCACAUUUUUGCUCGUUUUGCAUUCAAGUGAAUUUUCUAGUUCCAAACUUCCAAUUCAA